AUGAACGCCUUUGUAUUCGCAGUUUUGAUCGCGGUAGCAGCGGCGGAGACACGUGACAAGCGGGGUCUUCUUGGUGAGACUGUAGUUAGCUCUACGUCCCUGCACCAUGCGCCGAUUCUCGCUGCUUCACCGUUGCUGAGCCCGUAUGAAACUGCGCCAUUGCUGAGCUCGCACGGCCUUCACUCUGCCCCACUUCUGAGCUCGCACUCAGCGCUCCACCCGCACUCGCUGUACUCCUCUCCCCUCCUGACGUCACCUCUGCUCGGCUCAUCCUCUCUAUACUCCCCAUCCCUAUACUCUCCAUCCUUAUACUCUCCUUCACUUUACUCCUCGUCGCUGUACUCUCCUCUUUACGGUGCAAGCUCUUAUUACAGCCCAAGCAUUCACUCUCCACUCCUCUCCUCUGGCUCCCUUCUGAGCUCGCACGGGCCCUUGCUCACUUCUCUUUCCUCCCCCCUCGUUGCGGCCCACUCGACCCCUAUCAUCACCACGCACUCAUCCUCACCAGCUGUCACCGUUGUGAAGACUUCCUCCGUGGUACACUCGGGCUCAGGUCACAGCAAGCACGGGUCGGAAAAAGUAUCAACGGUUUUG